GCUGGUCACGGAUGAGUUGCACGCGACAGCAGACAUGCGCAGACGGUGGAUUCUGCCUGCUAGCUUUCAUAGAGGAAUGAGUGAACCACUGAGGGAAGGUUAUGGAAAGACAAACACAUUCACGUGUUUGAACUUUAGUUUCUAAUUUAAAAACACAAACGGCCCUUUGUGGUGGAAUUUCAACUCAAGCCGCUGCUGCGUUUUGUUUGCCCCGAAGCUAUUUGUUCUGAGAGCAGAGCGGAGACUGCAGCCUUUCAGCCCGCAACCAUGUGUUUGUGAAUCCCCGCUGAAGCCCGGCGCCAGCUGAAGCGUGAUGCGUCCAGAGCAGCUCAGACGGCGGGCAGAUUCGCCCCCCCGGGGCGCGGCGAGCACCGGCCCGCCGCAGGGCUCCAUCCAGACUGCGAGGCCUGUUUUUUUUUCCUGCCGUCUGCUCCCGAGGGUCCAUGCAGCUGACGCGACUGCUGGCCAGCCCGCUCAGACGCGCUCCUCCUCCACCCUGCCAGCCAACAUUAGGAAGCCUGAACUUCUCGACACAGGAUGGGGGCGCAUCAGGGAUCUGUUCGACAAAAAUGACUCACAAUCGUACCCAGAGGAAGUGACCAACGUGUUCAAGUACGGGAUCGUCAGCGCCACCGCCGGCUUCUUCUAUGGAGGCCUUCCAGCUGCUCGCUACGCCCGCCAGCGAUAUAUCCAAGUGAGCCAGGCGGAGGUGUACACCAGCCGCGUGGAUGCGGUGCGUUCUGCUCAUAACGCAGCCAUCCGAGCGUUUGUUCGUUACGGAUGGAGAUGGAGCUGGAGAGUUUCUCUGAUCGUCACUUUGUUCAGUUCGGUCAGCACCGGCUUGUCGGUGUACCGAGACAAAGACGCCCUCAGCAACUACGUUGCAGCAGGAGCUGCUACGGUUGGCCUUUUCCGGCUGAACCUGGGCCUCCGAGGGCUGGUGGCGGGGAGCGUCAUCGGAGCGGUUCUCGGGAUUCCCGUCGGCGCUCUGGUCAUCAGUUUGCACUCUCUGACGGGAGAAACUUCCCGACAGAGGAGGAGGAGGGAACAGCGAGAGCUUUACGAACAUAAACUGGCCGAAUGGACGGCCCGUCUGGAGAUGACAGACGAGCUGAUUUCCAGUCUGAACGACGCGUCUCAGGAAGAAGAAAUCCACAGAGACGUUCAGAAGAUCCAGGAGCUCCUAAGUUUACCAAAGAACCCAGAGGAGGAGGCGGCGAGCACCGCUGAAGGUGGGACCUGAUUAACGGCGGGGGCUUCUUCUGGACUCAAAUUCAAAUCUGGAUAAAGGUCUGCUAAAGUGAGAGCAACUCUGGAGAAAAAUCUUAUGUCUGGAUUAAAAUAAUGCAAAUAUGUUUUUAAUAAUUAUUGUAAAAUAUUGAGAUGAUAACACGCUGUACAUAAUGUUUAGAAAAACUCAAUAAAAUAUGGGAAUAUUUUGAA